UGCUGGCUUUGUUCCUCAGGGGGUUGCGAAAGCCUCAGGACUACAUAAAGCAUUCCCUGUCCGAACGUCCUGACCACUGCCGCCAAGACAGAGCUCUCCUGAGGCUGCAGGGACAGAAUGGCCUACACAAGGAGAUCUCUGCUGCUGCUGGCGCUGGCCUUCCUGGGCAGCAGCAUGGCAGAGAGGGACUGCCGUGUGAGCAACUUCAAAGUCAAGGAGAACUUUGACAAGAACAGGUACAGUGGCACCUGGUACGCCAUGGCAAAAAAAGAUCCUGAGGGGCUGUUUCUGCAGGACAAUGUGGUUGCCCAGUUCACUGUAGAUGAGAAUGGACAGAUGAGUGCCACUGCAAAGGGCAGAGUCAGACUCUUCAAUAACUGGGAUGUCUGUGCUGAUAUGAUUGGCUCUUUCACUGACACAGAGGAUCCUGCCAAGUUCAAGAUGAAGUACUGGGGUGUUGCCUCUUUUCUGCAGAAAGGAAAUGAUGAUCACUGGGUAGUGGACACAGAUUACGAUACAUAUGCUCUUCAUUAUUCCUGCCGUGAGCUAAAUGAAGAUGGCACUUGUGCUGAUAGCUAUUCCUUUGUGUUCUCCCGGGACCCCAAGGGAUUGCCUCCAGAGGCACAGAAAAUUGUUAGACAAAGGCAGAUAGACCUCUGCUUGGACAGAAAAUACAGAGUUAUCGUUCAUAAUGGAUUUUGCUCUUAAGGACAUCCAUAAGUAUGGAAGGAAACCAUGUAAUAGCACCAUGGAUGUAGAGUUAAUACAUUGAUCAGGUGCUCUUUUAAAAAGAUUUUUGAUGGCUUCAUUUAGAUUUAAAAUAUAUUUAUCUGAACUGCAUAGCUCAUUUUGUUAAUAAACCAAUAAAACAUUUUAAUAAACUUGGAUUACAGGGGAUGCAAAUUGUCUGUAUGCACAUCUGUACAUAUUUAGGCAUUGGUUUUAUUAAUAAAUUGUUGCUAUAAUGCACUAUUUUAAAUUGC